AUGGUUUUGGAAGCUGGUUCAAAUCCUAUAGAAACAAUCAAACACCCUGGGGAAUUCGCCACAAUGUUGAAAACAGUUUUAUAUCCUAAAGAUUUCGAUUCAGUCUCAGGUUGGAUACCCGAUGUUGGCGAUGGAAGUGUUUUAAAAGAACCGGUAAGAAAUCUUGCAAAUGAUGCUGAUUUAGCUAGAGUGAGAGUUGUUGCUCGAAAUACAAUAGAAAGAGUAGCACGAGCAGCUAAUCAUGGAUUCGAAAAACGAGUACUUCAGUAUAAUAAUGUUGUUGAGAAUACUAGGUGGGUAAUUACGUAA